AUGCCAACGUCAGACAAACCCAGUGCGGUAAAGACAUCUGCGGCCAAGCCCAUUACCAAAUCAGCCAAGCUUGCCAAUGUGUGCUACGACAUACGCGGCCCCAUCAUGGAAAAAGCCAAGCAGAUGGAGGAUGAAGGACACAAAGUUAUCAAGCUCAAUAUUGGCAAUUUGGCGGUAUUUGGCUUUGAUGCACCCGAAGAGGUGCAACAAGACAUGAUCCGCAAUCUGCCAAAUUCCGCAGGAUAUUCAGACAGUAAAGGCAUAUUUGCAGCGCGCAAAGCCAUCAUGCAUGCAACACAGGAGCAGGGCAUAAAAGGCGUGCGUUUGGAUGAUAUUUACCUGGGCAACGGUGCCAGCGAGCUUAUUGUGAUGGCUACCAACGCCUUGCUUGAUGAUGGGGAUGAGAUACUCCUGCCUACGCCUGACUACCCUUUGUGGACAGCAGCAGCAACGCUUUCAGGGGGUACACCGAUACAUUAUUUGUGCGAUGAGGCUAAGGGCUGGAUGCCUGAUAUUGCCGACAUGAAGGGCAAAAUUACCCAUAAAACCAAAGCUAUAGUCGUCAUUAACCCCAAUAACCCUACAGGAGCGCUUUAUUCGGAUGCGGUACUCAAGCAAAUAGUGCAGCUAGCGCGCGAACAUGGCUUGGUGAUAAUGGCUGACGAAGUGUAUGACAAAGUGCUCUAUGAGGACAACAAAUUCACCCCUAUCGCUACUUUGUCUGAAGAUGUGCUGACGCUGACUUUUGGCUCGCUCUCUAAGAGCCACCGCUCCUGUGGCUACCGCAGCGGCUGGAUGUAUAUCAGCGGCGACAAAAAACCCGCGCAAGACUAUAUUGAGGGCUUAAAUAUGCUCUCCAAUAUGCGGCUUUGCUCUAAUGUACCAGGUCAGUGGGCCAUACAAACUGCUCUUGGGGGCUAUCAGAGCAUCAAGGAAUUGGUCGGAGAGGGUGGGAGGCUGCGCCGCCAGCGCGAUUUGGCCUGGCAGAUGCUCACAGCCAUACCUGGCGUGAGCUGCGUCAAGCCUGAGGCAGCGCUGUAUAUGUUUCCCAAAUUAGACCCCAGCAUCUAUCCGAUAGCAGACGACCAGACUUUCUUUUUGGAGUUGCUAGAGCAAACCAAAGUGAUGCUGGUUCAGGGUACUGGGUUUAAUUGGCCAGCACCAGAUCAUUUUCGCAUGGUGUUUUUGCCACACGAGGACGACUUGAGGGAAGCUAUUACGCGAUUGGCAAAGUUUUUGGAAAUGAAACGUAAAGAGUUUGGAACCGCAUGA